ACUCUUCAUCAGUUUGUUGUUCCUGUCUUUGUUCCUCUCGUUCUGCCGGGAUGAUGUUCCUCCUGAGGAGGUUUCUGGCUUUAAUCCUCCGCAGUCUGCUGGUGGUUCUCCAGUAAUUUUCCUCUGGGGAUCUUCAGGCUCCGGUUGUCAUGGUGCAGUCAUGGUUUCUGUCUGUUAUUCUGCUGAAGUUCCUUUGUUUUCUGGGUGAUGUGGUUCUGCUGGGGUCAGUCCAGGUGGGAUCAUCCACCUGCCGUCACGUUCAGAGGUCUGGCUGCUCCUCUCCUCUGGUCUGUGGACAUCAGGCUGGUUCUCCUGGUCCUGAAGCUUCCAUCCUGUCGGGAUGCCGUGACGCUUGGAUCUCUGGAUCAACCUUUAUCUGCUGAGGUUGGACUUCCAGACGGGUUCUAUCCUGCUGCUGAUUCUGUUGUUGGUCCAGUUUGAGUGGAUCUGGUUCCUGCUUUGGUCAUGACUGUAGAGGACGGCGUGUGAAACAUCAUUUGGUGCGAAGAGUCCUCAGCAUCAGGACCAGCAGCAGAUUGAGGACGGGCCGAGCUAAAGUUCCAGCCAGAUGGAGGCUAAUGUGGUUGAGAAACGCCAUCGUACUCGGUCCAAAGGAAUCAGAGCUGCUGUGGAAGCAGUGACACAGGAGCUGUUCAGCUGUCCCACCCCCGGAUGUGACGGCAGCGGCCAUGUCAGCGGGAAGUACGCCAGACACCGCAGCAUCUAUGGAUGUCCGCUGGCCAAGAAGAGGAAGACUCUGGACAAGCAAACACCGGAACCGGCGGCUAAGAGGAGGCCCUUCAUCAGCCCCUGCCAGGGAGAGGAAGAGGAGGAGGCAACUGGAGCCUUCGGCAGUUAUCAGAACGAAACUGUGGAGGUAGGACGGGAGAGAAAGGAGAGGGGAGAGGAGGAAGAGGAGGCGGCGGAGGAAGAGUUCUCUGAGGACAACGAGGAUCCUGAGGAGGAAGAGGAGGAGGAGGAGGAAGAAGAAGAGGAAGGGAUGCCACUGGAGAGAACAGAAAUGAGAGGGGGAGAUGAGCGGGAGGAGGAAGAGGAGGAGGAGGAAGAAGACGAAGAGGAGGAGGGGAUGGAUGAGGAGGACGGUGAUGAUGAGGAAGAGCCGGAGGAUGAGGCAGAGGAGGAAGAGGAGGAGGAGGGGGAACGGAAUCUGCUUCAAGAGAACCAGUACAAACACAGCGGACAAUCAAAGCUCAACUCAAUCCAGAAGGACAACAACAACAACAGUUGCACCAUUGGAAAUGCCCCCCGAGAAGAAUACGAGAACUACGACGAGCUGGUUGCAAAGUCGCUGCUCAAUCUCGGUAAGAUUGCAGAAGAUGCUGCCUACCAGGCCAUGACCGAAUCCGAGAUGAACAGCAACUCCUCCAACAGCGCUGGGGAGGAUGAUGAGGACGAUGAGGGCAGUGAGCAGGACGAUAGGCAAGGUGACCUGAGUGUAGACCUGGACAGCGAUGUGGUCAGGGAGACGGUGGACUCUCUGAAGCUGCUGGCUCAAGGUCAUGGCACCAUGCUGCCUGAGGACGGAUACUCAGAGAGCGCUUUUGUGGAGGAUGGGCGGGGCCAGGGGGUCCGGGGCCAGACGGAGGGAGGUGGAGAGGAGGUGUGUCUCAGCAGUCUGGAGUGUCUGAGGAAUCAAUGCUUCGAUUUGGCAAAAAAACUGAGUGAGUCACCACCAUCGGACCGACCAAUCCUGCACAGUAGCUACGUCCAACAAGCAGUGGACCAGCAGGUGAUGCAGCACCUGAACAGGUAUGACACCUAUCCACAAGGAAUUCAGGAGGAUUCCAGACCAGUGGAGCGCAGCUACUCUGAGAUGUUGAACCUGAUGAAGCUGGAUGAGCAACUGAGUCCAGCAUCAAGAGGCUACAGCUACAGUCAGGAGGGCGACGAGGACACCACAUCUGUAGCGUCAGACCGCUCCGAUGACACAUUUGACAUGGCCAAGGGAAACCUGUCGCUGCUAGAGAAAGCCAUCGCCCUUGAAUCUGAGAGAGCAAAGGUGAUGAGAGAUCGGAUGAUCUCAGAACACACAAUGCCCCGUCGUGAUCAGCAUCAUCACCGUGUCCACGGGGAGCACAGCCCCAGGCUUACUAUCGCUGCAGAAGAACGCAAGUCCAGGAUGCAUCCGGAUGGGCUGAAAAGGGCGUACUACCCUAAAGAUUCCUCCAGAGGAGAGAAGAAGGAGAGCAAGUGUCCGACGCCGGGUUGUGACGGUACUGGUCAUGUGACCGGUCUGUACCCCCACCACCGCAGUCUGUCUGGGUGUCCCCACAAAGACAGAGUCCCUCCUGAAAUUCUUGCCAUGUAUGAAAAUGUGUUAAAGUGUCCGACUCCGGGCUGCUCUGGACGGGGGCAUGUCAAUAGCAACAGGAACUCCCACCGCAGUCUGUCCGGCUGUCCCAUCGCAGCUGCUGAAAAGAUGGCGAAGGUCCAUGAAAAGACUCACCCUGCUGAAGGUGGCAGUAAGACCAAUCAGAUGUCAGACAGAGUCCUCAGGCCGAUGUGUUUCGUUAAGCAGUUGGAGAUUCCUCAGUACGGCUAUAAGAACAACGUUCCCACCAGCACGCCUCGAUCCAAUCUGACCAAGGAGCUGGAAAAAUACUCCAAGACGAGCUACGACUAUAGCGGCUACGACGGACAGCAUGCUAGCUACGGAAAAAGAGGCCUCACGUCUAAAUCCCAGCACGGACGGGACACGUCUCCUAAGGGAUACGACGCGAAGCGUUUCUGUAAGACAUCGAGUCCAGCCAGCAGCACCACCAGCUACGCCCCCAGCAGCAGCAGCAGCCUGAGCUGUGGGGGGGGAGGCGCAGGAGGUGGAGGCGGGGGAAGCAGCGCCAGCAGCACCUGCAGCAAGAGCAGCUUUGACUACACCCACGACAUGGAGGCCGCCCACAUGGCUGCAACCGCCAUCCUCAACCUGUCCACCAGAUGCCGGGAGCUCCCCAACGCCCUGGGAGGGAAACCCCACGACAUCCUGACUCAGAGUCCAGUUGGUGAUCAUGAUGAUAGUGGGCCUAUCGAUGUGGCGGUUCAGCCCGGAGGUCCGGAGGACAGCGGCACGGUGUUGACGCCCCUGCAGCCCAUGUCCCCUCAGCGGCAGGCUCUGCACAGCAGCCGCUGCUUCCAGCUGGGCGACGCAGACUGCUGGGACCUGCCGGUGGACUAUACCAAGAUGAAACGUCUUGGAGAAGAUCAGGAGCACAAAGAGCAGAGAGACGAUCUGGACCCGUUCCAGGAGCUGCUGGAUGAGCAGUGUUACCCGGGUGAGGUGACGGUGCCCAGCCCCAAACACCACAAAUACCCCGCCUGCAAGGAGGGCAAGAAGGAACUGAUCAGUCUUUCAAGCUGUCAGUUGGUCGAUAAGAACAUUCGAGGUUUGAUGACGCCCAACUCACAGGAACUAAAGUGUCCAACGCCGGGCUGCGAUGGAUCGGGACACAUUACCGGGAACUACGCCUCCCACAGGAGUCUGUCUGGAUGUCCUCGAGCCAAGAAAAGUGGCGUGAAAAUCCUGCACAGCAAAGAAGAAAAGGACGAGCAGGAACCAAUCAAGUGUCCGGUCCCAGGCUGUGAUGGACAGGGUCAUGUGACCGGGAAGUAUGCCUCUCAUCGCAGUGCAUCAGGCUGCCCCCUGGCGGCCAAACGGCAAAAAGACAGCUACAUGAACGGAUCGCAGUUUGUGUGGAAGUCGGGGAAGACGGACGGGAUGACGUGUCCGACUCCAGGCUGCGACGGUUCCGGGCACGUCAGCGGGAGCUUCCUGACCCACCGCAGUCUCUCCGGUUGUCCCCGCACCUCCUCAGCCAUGAAGAAGGCCAGGAUGAGCAGCGUGGACAUGCUGACAAUCAAACAAAGAGCAAGCAAGGGAAUUGAAAACGACGAGGAAAUAAAACAGCUGGAUGAAGAAAUCAAAGAUCUGAACGAGUCCAAUAAUCAAGUGGAGUCAGAUAUGAUUAAACUGAGGACACAGAUCACCACCAUGGAGACCAGCCUGAAGUCCAUGGAGGAGGAGAACAAAGUGAUCGAGCAGCAGAACGACUCGCUGCUGCAUGAGCUGGCCAACCUGAGCCAGUCGCUCAUCAACAGCCUCGCCAACAUCCAGCUGCCACACAUGAGACCGCUGCCACAGAAAGAGACCCCAGUAAAGCUUAACUGCAGUUUAAAGAUGCUUCCCAGAGAACCGAUGAACGAGCAGAACUUUGACACGUAUGUGAGCACUCUGACUGACAUGUACACCCACCAGGACCAGUACCAGAGCCCGGAGAACAAGGCGCUGCUGGAGAACAUCCGCCAGGCCGUUCAGGGGAUCCAGGUCUGACGGGGAGCAGAUCUGAGCUGCUGCUGUUUUUUUUUUCUCCUCUCCGCUCCAUCGGUGUCUGGUUCUGUUCUCCUGGUUGCUGUUGCUUUGCUUUGGACCUCAACCAUCUUGUUCAUGUGACCUGAAAUAAUGUGACGUCUUGUUUAUAGCGGCUCAUCCUGUAAAUGGAUUUAUUUAUUUCCUGUAAGCUUAUUAAAGGACCGACCGGGCUUUACUGGUUCAACUGGGAGCCAAGCAGAGACGCGUGGCGGGAAUGUCUGCAGUCGGACUCCAGCGUUCCUGUAGAUCUUUCUCUGCUGCAGAUCCCAUCAUCCACUGGGCCGGUUUCCUUUCUGACUUUUAUUUUGAAAUGCAAACGGCUGCAGGAAACGUAGGAGACAAUCUGCCACCUGACUGGACUGCUGACCCUGUGUGAGAGGAACCGUGUGGGAUUAUGCAAUUUCUUACGAAUCGGUGAAUGAAGAGCUGAGCGACGUUUUUACUGACGAUAAAUGUGAUCAUUUUGUAUAAAUCUUUUCCUACAUCUGUGUUUUAGGAACCCGACGCCUCUGUUCUCAUGUUUAGAUGUUUUAUUCUGAGCUUCUCUGGAUUUACAGGGUUAAAAAAAAAAAGUAUCUGGGCUUUGGGUCGCCAUGGCGACCUGAGGGGACAUUUCCUCAUCACACCUCAUCAUGCAUGCACUUUAUGGGAGCACGUUCAGUACCGUCCCGGCACGGCUCCGCUUCUCCCCCAAAGGAAAACUCCCUAAAACCUCCUUAUAUAAGCAGAGGUGUUUAGUAAUAAAGUACAAAUACUUCAUUACUUUAGGAGUAAUGUUAACUAUCUAAACUUCACUGGAGUAAUUAUUCUUCGUUAGUUUUCUUUCAUUUAAGCUCAUUUUCUUUAUGGCCUGAUGUAUUCAAAGAAAAUAAAAACCAUCAAAAUAGUUCGUUUCAUUCAGACAAUUAAUUUCUUUGUGGUCGGACUCGGUGCU